AUGCCUCCCAGACCCUCCUCAGGAGAAUUAUGGGGGAUGCACUUGAUGCCCCCCAGCAUUGUGGUGGACUGCCUUUUGCCCAACGGCAUGAUUCUGUCGCUGGAGUGCCUCCGGGAAGCCACGCUCGUCACCGUCAAGCACGAGCUCUUCAAGGAAGCCAGGAAGUACCCGCUUUACCAUUUGCUCCAAGAAGAAAGCUCCUACAUCUUCGUCAGCGUCACCCAAGAGGCGGAGAGGGAGGAGUUCUACGACGAGACCAGGAGGUUGUGUGAUCUUAGGCUCUUCCAGGCCUUCCUCAAAGUUAUUGAGCCAGUGGGCAACAGAGAAGAGAAAAUACUCAGCAGAGAAAUAGGUUUUGCUAUUGGAAUGCCUAUCUGUGAGUUUGAUUUGGUAAAAGAUCCAGAAGUACAGGACUUCAGAAGGAACAUUUUAAAUGUUUGCAAAGAAGCGGUGGACCUCAGAGACAGCAACGGUCCACACAGCAGAGCUUUGUACGUCUACCCCCCAAGCGUAGAAUCCUCGACAGAUCUUCCCAGGCACAUCUAUAAUAAGCUAGAUAAAGGUCAAAUCAUUGUGGUCAUCUGGGUCAUUAUUUCGCCCAGUAAUGACAAACAGAAGUACACCUUGAAGAUCAACCACGACUGUGUGCCGGAGCAGGUGAUCGCUGAAGCCAUCCGUAAGAAGACCCGGAGCAUGCUGCUGUCACAGGAGCAGCUGAAGAUGUGCGUCCAGGAGUAUCAGGGAAAGUACAUCCUCAAAGUCUGUGGCUGUGAUGAGUACCUGCUGGAGAAGUAUCCCCUGAGUCAGUACAAGUACGUGCGCAGUUGUAUCAUGCUGGGAAGGAUGCCCAACCUGAUGCUGAUGUCCAAAGACAGCCUGUACUCCCAGCUGCCCUCCGACAACUUCACCAUGCCGUCAUACGCGAGGCGCAUCUCCACGGCAACGUCCUACAUGAACGGAGAAACCUCCUCCAAGAAUCUCUGGACCAUCAACGGAAUGCUGAAGAUCCGGAUACUCUGUGCCACUUACGUCAAUGUAAACAUCCGAGAUAUCGACAAGAUCUAUGUCAGGACUGGAAUAUACCACGGUGGAGAGCAGCUGUGUGACAACGUCAACACCCUGCGCGUGCCCUGCUCAAACCCGAGGUGGAACGAGUGGCUGAGCUACGACAUGUACAUUCUAGAAAUCCCCAGAGCCGCUCGACUCUGCCUCUCUAUCUGCUCUGUGAAAGGAAGGAAGGGCGCCAAAGAGGAACAUUGUCCCUUAGCCUGGGGCAACAUCAACCUGUUUGACUACACCCACACACUAGUAGCAGGGAAGAUGGCCCUCAACCUGUGGCCUGUCCCACACGGCCUGGAGGACCUACUCAACCCCAUCGGUGUCACAGGCUCCAACCCCAACAAGGAAACCCCAUGUCUGGAGCUGGAGUUUGAACAGUUCAGCUCUCCCGUCAAGUUUCCCGAUAUGGCCUACGUGGAGGAGCACGCCAACUGGAAUAUAUCCAGAGAGCUGGGUUUCAAUUACAGCCACACCGGUUUGAGUAACAGAUUGGCACGCGACAAUCCGCUGACCGACAACGACAACGAGCAGCUCCGGCAAGUGUGUAACAGAGACCCGCUGUCAGAAAUCACUGAGCAGGAGAAGGACUUCCUGUGGAGGCACAGGCAUUCCUGCAUCAAUAUACCAGAGAUCCUUCCCAAGAUCCUCUUGGCUGUGAAGUGGAACUCCAGGGAUGAGGUUGCUCAGAUGUAUUGCCUUCUGAAAGACUGGCCUGCAAUAAAGCCAGAACAAGCCAUGGAGCUGCUGGAUUGCAACUUCCCGGAUCCCAUGAUCAGAGAGUUUGCCGUCAAGUGCCUUGAGAAAUACCUGACUGAUGAUAAACUCUCUCAGUAUCUUAUUCAGCUGGUUCAGGUUUUAAAGUAUGAGCAGUACCUUGAUAACCCACUUGCACGUUUCCUGUUGAAAAAGGCUUUAACCAAUCAAAGGAUAGGACAUUUCUUCUUCUGGCAUUUAAAAUCAGAGAUGCACAACAAGACGGUGAGCCAGCGGUUCGGCCUGCUGCUGGAGUCCUACUGCCGGGCCUGUGGCAUGUACCUGAAGCACCUGAGCAGGCAGGUGGAGGCCAUGGAGAAGCUGAUCAACCUCACCGACCUCCUUAAACAGGAGAAGAAAGACGAGGCUCAGAAGGUUCAAAUGAAGUUUCUGGUUGAGCAGAUGCGGAGGCCCGACUACAUGGAUGCACUACAAAGCUUCACCUCACCUCUCAAUCCAGCCCAUCAGCUGGGAAACCUGCGCUUGGAGGAGUGCAGGAUGAUGUCUUCAGCAAAGCGACCUCUGUGGUUGAACUGGGAAAACCCGGACAUGAUGUCAGAACUGCUUUUUCAGAACAAUGAAAUAAUCUUUAAAAAUGGAGACGAUCUGAGGCAGGACAUGCUGACGCUGCAGAUCAUUAGGAUAAUGGAGAACAUCUGGCAGAACCAGGGCCUUGAUCUCAGGAUGCUUCCGUACGGCUGCCUGUCCAUCGGGGACUGCGUGGGUUUAAUCGAGGUGGUGAGGAACUCGCACACCAUCAUGCAAAUCCAGUGCAAAGGAGGUCUAAAGGGGGCGCUGCAGUUCAACAGCCACACACUGCACCAGUGGCUCAAGGAUAAGAACAAGGGAGAGAUGUACGACCAGGCUAUAGAUCUAUUCACACGAUCCUGUGCAGGCUACUGUGUGGCCACCUUCAUCCUGGGUAUAGGAGACAGACACAACAGCAAUAUCAUGGUCAAAGAGGAUGGACAGCUGUUUCACAUAGACUUUGGUCAUUUCCUGGACCACAAAAAGAAGAAGUUUGGCUACAAGAGAGAGCGCGUCCCGUUUGUGCUCACGCAGGACUUCCUGAUCGUCAUCAGCAAAGGAACGCAGGAGUGCACCAAAACCAGGGAGUUUGAAAGGUUUCAGGAAAUGUGUUACAAAGCCUACUUGGCCAUCCGCCAGCACGCCAACCUCUUCAUCAACCUGUUCUCCAUGAUGCUGGGCUCCGGCAUGCCCGAGCUGCAGUCCUUCGACGACAUCGCGUACAUCAGGAAGACUCUGGCGCUGGACAAGACGGAGCAGGAGGCCCUGGACUACUUCAUGAAGCAGAUGAACGACGCCCACCACGGCGGCUGGACCACCAAGAUGGACUGGAUCUUCCACACAAUCCGCCAGCACGCCAUGAACUAAAGCAGUGGAGGGAAAGCAGCAACAACUGCACACUUAUAAUAAAACAAAAGAUAAAAAAAAGAUUGUCUGCCACCUAAAACACCCUAAAAAGCCUCAAAAGGUCUGGAUUCAUCUAAGACUUUAAGAAAGAAAGAUGAAGCUUUACCUCGUCUGUCCUUUUCAUAGGAACUAACACAAAGAAGUGGACCUCUACAGAUUUCUAAAUAUUCUCCAGCCAUGUGGGAACCUACAACUACCACCUGUUUGAAGAUGUGCAGACACUAAGCUCCAUGAAGGCAUCCCAACACUCUAGUUACACAACAUAUUUAAGAACCCUCAGAAAACUAACAUUUGUGCAGCUUCUCCCUCGUAUGCAUUCUGUUCCUACGUUUUCUACUGAGCCAAAGUGUAAUCUCAUUACUCUGCAGUCCUAUUGUUUAAAGAAGAAUCACUACAAUUCCAAGACUUGUACUCCAGCACUGAUCCCUGCAGUAUUUUUUGUUUGUUUCAGUAUUAUUUUGUGUUCUCAGCUGGAGUUUCCAUCAUCCACUCUGAUGUGGACGGUCCAGCUGGGAGUUUUUUUUUUUUUUUUUAAAUCACGUCAAAAAAUAAAAGUUACCUUUUUUUGUUUUGCUGCCACACUAUGCAAGUCGUCAACUCCGACCGGAGAUGUGGAAGUCGGAGUGCGGCCGGAGAAGAAUCAGUUCACGGAAGAACCGGUGGAGGAACACUAUUGUCGUCUUCUAAACCAGCAACAAGCAACUGUGAGGAAGCCCGCUUCGGACUUUGAACUUCUUACGAACUUUGUAGCGUCGAUCCAAGCCAUGUGUCCAAUCCGAUCUGUCGUUUUCUGUGUCCUCCAUGUAAAGGAAACUAACCCAAGUGAUGUUUUUCUUGACCUUCCACACCAGUUCUAUGCCUUUCCUGCGGUGGUUGCGAUCGCUGCACAGGUUCCUGUUCAGUAGGUCCACUUAGUCGAAACUUUUUUUUAAAUGUUCUGCUUCAGAGUUUUUCUGCUAAAAACGGAUCCCAUCAACACGCUCCUGUGCAGGAUACAGAGCAGCGGGCCGGACCCCGACUCAACCCACUCACCGAAAGGCGACAUUUGUUUUUGUUGUGUUUGCUUCCUUUGUCACACUGAACUAAAGCAGGAACUCCUCAAGUCUUUCUGACAGAGUGUUUACUUGAAAAUCCUGAAAAAAAAAAAAAAAAAAAAGUCGGAGGGGACAGAAGUUGUAAUGAAAGUAAAAGGUGCCGCUUCUAUUUGUGCAAAUGUUUUUCCUUUGGAAGAAAAAAAAAAAACUACAGAGGUAAUAUAUUUUUGUACUUUAAUGUUAAACCUUUAUAUGUAUGAAAAACCAAAAAAGAAGGAGGCAUGCAGCGCCGUCGGCCUCUCUGCUGCGGGAGGAGGAAGUUCUCCAGGACUUUUCUGAGCGCUCGCGUGGAAGUCUGCAAGCACAAAACGCUAGAGGAAAGCGCUUCUAAAGCAGCAUCAUGUAUGUGUGUAUAUAUCAUAACACUACUUCAAAAUAACAUGUUUAACCAUUCUCAUACGUCCGUGUAUGCAUUCAUUUAUUGUGCUGUUGAAUAAAGACAUCUUCCCUUUUACAGA